AUGGUGCUGGGACCUUGGCGAGCAGAGCACAAAAGGGCGGCAAAAGACCUUGAGGCCUUGCGGCUCGCCUUCGAGUGGCAGGGCCCCGCUGCCCUGCUCAGCUCCCAGUUGGACUUCGAGGCAGACGAGGCUGCCAGGGUGGCCGCGCUCGCCGUCGCCGCCGGGCCGCACGGAGCAACGGCUCGGAGGCUCGAGGCGCCAGUGAUCGGGAUGGGCGGGUGGGAGCUGGAGGGCGAAGUCAUGGGGGACGGCAGCAGCCGCCGCACGAGAGCCGUGUGUACCUUCGAGGUGGACGGCGCUAAGGUCUUGCUCCCAGGGCUGUGGCGGCCGUCCAGGAGCGCCGCCGAGGACGACGCGUCGUCGAUCUUAGAGGGCUUCCGCCGCUGCGGCCUGCUGGGGGCGCAGCAGGCUGCCGGGAGUCGCCAAGGCACGGCAGCGCCGCCGCCGCCCCAGGGCGCCAACGGGGGAUUCGUGGCCCGCCCUGCCGCGCCAGGGCGGGCCACUGGCGCCGCCCCCCCGCCGCCGCCUCCUCCUGCAGCGGCGCCGCCUCUUCUUGGCUCGGGCGCUCCGCCCCCCGCCGCACACUCCGCCGCCGCGCCGGCGCCUGCCGCGCCGCCCGCCGCUGCACCGCGGCACCCGCGGGCUGGUGGCGUCCCGGGGCCGCCCGCCCCGCUGCCCGCUGCGCAGCAGCCCGGCCAGGAGCCUCAGCCCCCCGCGCCUCCUCCCCCCGCUCGGUCGCAGUUCCAGAAGAACACCCUGGCCGCGCCCGUCGCGGCGGGAUCCGCCCGCGCCUCUCGCGGCGGCAAACUGCGAGUGGUCGUCGAGAAGGCCGAGCAGGGGUUCGCAGCGUGCGUCUACCCCGCGCGUGGCCAAGACGAGGCGGCGGCCGCCGUCAGGGCGCCGUGGCGUUCCUCCCAGGAGCGGGCGAGCCAGGACGCCGACCGGAUGGUGGACCUGUACGACAGGACCAGCUCCACUGGUGCGGUGCGCGCACUUGCCGGUGCCAUGGUCAACGACGAGACGGGGACCGCGCCCCCACCUUCACAGGCCCCGCUGCUGCCGAGGGCCGGCGACGGCAGUGGAGCACUCCCGGGCGACGUAGGCAAGGGCGCACUGGAGCUCGUCGGGGACGAGGCGGAGCUGGACGAGGCCGCAUACCAGCCGCCCACGAGGACGGGAGCCGUGAGGGCGGCACCGCAGAAGCCCGUCCCGAAGAGCUCCGCCGUGCAGAGGCCCGUCCCAAAGAGCUCCGCCGCGCGGAAGCAGGCCCCCAGGGUCAUGCAGGCGAAGCCCAAGGCGCCGCCCAAGGCGCCGCCCAGGGCGCGCCCCAGCAGCAGCCUGCCCGACGGCAGGCCUUCUCCUCGCCCGUCGGUCGCGCAGCUGGGUGCCUACGGCUGCCGGCUGGCCGAGGGCCUGGAUCCCCGCGGCCGCUCGCCCUCUUGCGCGGACGACGAGGAGUGCUGCGAGGCCCGAGGUGAGCCCUGGGCGUCGGAGGCGGACGAGGACGCUGUGGCGGCCCUCGGUGGGCACGAGGGCGAAGAGGACGGUGACGACGCCGGGGCGAUGGAGGCCGCUGAGGAGGGCGAGCACAUGCAGGGCGAGGAGCAGGCGGCGCCGCCCUGCUACCAGGACUGGGAGGCCGACGAGGGCGAGCCCGCGGAGGAGGAUCGGCGGCGGAGGGCGGCUGGGGCGAGCCGCGCCUCGACGGUGCUGCACCUGGCGUCGGUCCAGGUGCGCGCGUGGCCGCCGUGCCGACGAGAAAGAAGGCGCAGCCCCUGCUGGCGCCCCAGGCGAAGUUCGGGCCGCGGCCGCCCGCGGGGCCGCCGCCGCCGGGCCUCGCGCGGCUGGCGCGGGCCCGGGCGGCGGCGGAGGCCGACGCGGAGGGGCGGCCCGCAGCGCCGGCGGCUGCGCGCCGCGGCCCCGAGGGCAGCGGCAGCCUCGGGCUCGCAG